AUGGACCAGCUGUCUGCUCAGGUGCCAUGCACAGCUCUCCCCCCGCCGCGCUACGGAUACUACUACGUGGACAGAGGCUCAGGCGUCUCCUUGGGCUCGGUGCUCGUGUACUGGUGCCAGGAGGGAUACCAGCUGGUGGGCAGCGAGAGGCUCGCCUGCCUCCGCCAGGACAGCACCUCAUCCUGGAGCCACGCCCCUCCGCAGUGCCAGGCCGCCCCGCAGCCCUCGGGCACCGGGUCCCGCAUCGCGGUGGCCGCCUCGCUGCUGAGCGGAGCCGUCAUCCUGGCUCUGCAUCCUGUCCGUCUCCUUCGCCCUGUGCUGCUGGCGCGACAGGGCGAGGAAGAGCCGCGGGGGGUGAGUAUGGAGGUGGGGCAGCAGCAGCAGAGAAGCAAAGUCAGAGGACGGAGGCGUGACCCCUCCACCGCCGAGAGGGGCAGGAAUGCUUUCGGAAGACUCAAAUACUACCACCGGCGCGAUUACCACCUCUCGGCCGUCUCCAGCUCUGUGUUCCCAGGGGCAUUGGCAGGCUGCAAUAACCUGGCUUUCCAAAGCAGCCCAGCCCAGCAGCCGAAGGUGCCCGUGGAAAGAUGGCGCUGCGAGAGCCAGGCGCUGCUCCAGCCGGGGCUGCCGGCCGGCCCCGCCCCGGGCAGCGGCCUGCCCGGCCACCUGCCCUCAGCGCCCGGCCGCCCGCGGCUGCCCCUCGGGCCUGCAGCAACACAGGCUCUGCAGCAAGUUUGGAAAACCGGUGUGAGAAUUUAA